CGCACGGCCGCACUGGGGCCCGGGCCCAUGGGCGCGCGGAGCCGGGCGCGGGGGCGCUGAGUGCGGCGGGCGCGGCCGGAGGAGCCAUGGACUGCAGCCGCGUGCGGACGCUCGUGCACAGAUUCUGUGCCGGAGAGGAGAACUGGGUGGACAGCCGGACCAUCUACGUGGGACACAGGGAACCCCCGCCGGGUGCUGAGGCCUACAUCCCACAGAGGUACCCCGACAACAGAAUCGUCUCCUCCAAGUACACAUUUUGGAACUUCAUACCUAAGAACUUAUUUGAACAAUUCCGAAGAAUAGCCAACUUUUAUUUCCUGAUCAUAUUUCUGGUACAGCUAAUCAUCGACACGCCCACGAGCCCCGUCACCAGUGGACUCCCCCUGUUCUUUGUCAUCACCGUCACUGCUGUCAAACAGGGCUACGAGGACUGGCUCCGCCACAAAGCUGACAACGCCAUGAACCAGUGCGCCGUCCACUUCAUCCAGCACGGCAAGCUGGUGCGGAAGCAGAGCCGGAAGCUGAGAGUUGGGGACAUUGUCAUGGUCAAGGAGGACGAGACCUUCCCCUGCGACCUGGUCUUCCUCUCCAGCAGCCGCGGAGAUGGGACGUGCCACGUGACCACCGCCAGCCUGGAUGGAGAAUCGAGUCACAAGACUCAUCAUGCCGUUCAAGACACAAAGGGAUUUCGUACUGAAGAGGACGUGGAUGGCCUGCACGCCACCAUCGAGUGUGAGCAACCCCAGCCGGACCUGUACAAGUUCGUGGGCCGCAUGAACAUUUACAACGACCUGACCGACCCCGUGGUGAGGCCAUUAGGAUCGGAAAGCUUGCUUCUUCGAGGAGCCACGCUGAAGAACACUGAGAAAAUCUUUGGUGUUGCUAUUUACACGGGCAUGGAAACCAAGAUGGCAUUAAAUUACCAGUCAAAAUCCCAGAAACGAUCAGCCGUAGAAAAGUCCAUGAAUGUGUUCCUCAUCGUGUACCUGUGCAUUCUAAUCAGCAAAGCUCUGAUAAAUACCGUCCUGAAAUACGUGUGGCAGAGCGAGCCCUUCCGAGAUGAGCCGUGGUACAAUCAGAAAACCGAAUCGGAAAGACAGAGGAACCUGUUUCUCAGGGCGUUCACGGACUUCCUGGCCUUCAUGGUCCUCUUCAACUACAUCAUCCCCGUGUCCAUGUACGUCACGGUGGAGAUGCAGAAGUUCCUGGGUUCCUACUUCAUCACCUGGGACGAGGAGAUGUUCGAUGAGGAGACUGGGGAGGGGCCGCUCGUCAACACCUCAGACUUAAAUGAAGAAUUAGGACAGGUGGAAUACAUCUUCACAGACAAAACCGGCACCCUCACAGAGAACGACAUGCAGUUCAAGGAGUGCUGCGUCGAAGGCCACGUCUAUGUGCCACACGUCAUCUGCAAUGGGCAGGUCCUCCCGGACGCCUCUGGCAUCGACAUGAUUGACUCCUCCCCGGGUGUCAGCGGGAGGGAACGAGAAGAGCUGUUUUUCCGAGCCCUCUGUCUGUGCCACACCAUCCAGGUGAAGGACGAAGAGGAGGCGGACGGGCCCAGGAAGGCGCCGGCCUCGGGGAGACCCUGUGUGUACAUAUCCUCCUCCCCUGACGAGCUGGCCCUGGUCGAGGGCGUCCAGAGGCUUGGUUUUACAUACCUGAGGCUGAAGGACAACCACAUGGAGAUUUUAAACCGGGACAACGACCUUGAGAGGUUUGAACUGCUGGAAAUUCUGAGCUUUGACUCAGUAAGAAGGCGAAUGAGUGUAAUUGUGAAGUCGGCUGCAGGGGAAAUUUACCUGUUUUGCAAAGGAGCGGAUUCUUCCAUAUUUCCCCAAGUCAUAGAAGGCAAGGUUGAUCAGAUCCGAUCCAGAGUGGAGCGCAACGCCGUGGAGGGACUUCGGACCCUGUGUGUCGCCUACAAAAGGCUGGUUUGCGAGGAGUAUGAAGCCAUCUGUAAACUGCUGCAGGCCGCCAAGGUGGCGCUUCAGGAUCGAGAAAAGAAAUUAGCAGAAGCCUACGAGCAGAUAGAGAAGGACCUUAUUCUGCUUGGCGCGACCGCGGUCGAGGACCGGCUCCAGGAGAAAGCCGCGGACACUGUUGAGGCCCUGCAGAAGGCCGGGAUCAAAGUCUGGGUCCUCACAGGGGACAAGAUGGAGACGGCAGCCGCCACCUGCUAUGCCUGCAAGCUUUUCCGCAGAAGCACCCAGCUGCUCGAGCUGACCACCAAGAGGAUCGAGGAGCAGAGCUUACACGACGUCCUGUUUGAGCUGAGCAAGACCGUCCUGCACCACAGCGGGAGCCUGGCCAGGGACAACUUCUCAGGGCUCUCAGCAGAGAUGCAGGACUAUGGCUUGAUCAUCGAUGGAGCGGCUCUGUCCUUGAUAAUGAAGCCCCGCGAAGAUGGGAGCUCCGGCAACUACCGGGAGCUCUUCCUGGAGGUGUGCAGGAACUGCAGCGCCGUGCUCUGCUGCCGGAUGGCCCCGCUGCAGAAGGCCCAGAUUGUUAAAUUAAUCAAGCUUUCAAAAGAGCGCCCCAUCACGCUGGCGAUCGGUGACGGUGCGAACGACGUCAGCAUGAUCUUGGAGGCCCACGUGGGCAUCGGUGUCAUCGGGAAGGAAGGGCGUCAGGCCGCAAGGAACAGUGACUACGCGAUCCCGAAGUUUAAGCAUUUGAAGAAGAUGCUGCUUGUUCACGGGCAUUUUUACUACAUUAGGAUAUCUGAGCUCGUGCAGUAUUUCUUUUAUAAGAACGUCUGCUUCAUUUUCCCUCAGUUUUUAUACCAGUUCUUCUGUGGCUUUUCACAACAGACCUUGUACGACACCGCCUACCUGACGCUGUACAACAUCAGCUUCACGUCCCUGCCGAUCCUCCUGUACAGCCUCACGGAGCAGCAUGUCAGCAUAGACACGCUCAGGAGGGACCCUUCCCUCUACAGAGACAUCGCCAAGAACGCUCUGCUCCACUGGCGAGUGUUCCUUUACUGGACGUCCUUAGGCGUGUUCGAUGCCCUGGUGUUUUUCUUCGGGACUUACCUUAUGUUUGAGAACACGACGGUGACCAGCAAGGGGCAGAUCGUGACUGCCAGCACACACACGAUAUUCGGGAACUGGACCUUCGGCACGCUGGUGUUCACGGUGAUGGUGUUCACGGUCACGCUGAAGCUGGCACUGGACACCCACUACUGGACGUGGAUAAACCAUUUCGUCAUCUGGGGGUCCCUGCUGUUCUACAUUGUCUUUUCACUCCUCUGGGGAGGAAUAAUCUGGCCGAUCCUCAAUUAUCAAAGGAUGUACUACGUGUUCAUGCAGAUGCUGUCCAGUGGCCCCGCCUGGCUGGCCAUCAUCCUGCUCGUCACCACCGGCCUCCUUCCUGAUGUCCUCAGGAAAGUCCUGUGCAGACAGCUGCGGCCCAGUGCCACCGAGAGGGCCCAGAGCCCCUGCCCCUCAGCCGCGUGGCGGGGCUCCCACUCGAAACAGGUGAUGUUGACGUUCUGGGACAGCGAGGAGCAGCCAGCCCUCCCUGCCAUCACCGGCCCCUCAAGCCACCUGCACCCUUCCAGCUGGAGACCCUGCUUCCGGGGCCCCACAGGGGCAGCUGAUGGACAGACCACUGGCUGAGGCCUUUGAGAACCACUUUCCUUGUCAUGUGUCGAGCUCCCGGAAGGAGGGCGUGCACAGGAUCUGCAUGGGGCCUGGCAGUCCAGCUCGAGUGGGAGGCAGUCACCCCACGGCCACCAGUAAGCACAGACAUGGCUCACCCUCGCCGGGGACGACCAGCUGCAUCCCUCUGCCCUCCGACCUCCAUAGCCCCCCGCCACCUCUGCUUUGGGUUGGGCUGGGCCUGACGUCCUGAUCGUGUGUCCUUUUGCCAUCAGCGUGUAGACCACUCUGCUCCUGCUGUUCAGCACCGUCCCUGUGGUGAAGCUGACGUCUAGGCCCGUGUCUGCUUCGGUGUCCGCUCCUCUGAGGGGGCAUCACCUGUGUUGGCGGGUGACUGUCGGUGUUUCCCUGUCUCCUUUCCUGAUCCCAGCUGCCUCUGCAAAGAGGAGUAUUCGUGGGCGAGGAAUAGGGAGCACCGUCCAUUAAGGUUUCCUCUGUACACGUCUUGGGGUAUUUUCGCACCCCCAGUGGCCAAGCUCGUCAGUUCACUGCUCUGGGGGAACGGUUGUGUCACAGGCCUCAAGGGGAGCACGGGGUCUAGGGUGCACGCCUGCCUGUGAUGGUCAAGCCCCUUCAGUGUCCUCGGGAGGCAGCCUCCAGGGCCCGUGUCCAUCUUCCAGGACCCUUCCAGGCCGACAGGGGCCUCUGAUCUCCAAGAAGCAAUAUCACCGUCCCAGACUGCUGCCCACCUCGUACGUCCGACCAUGCUGUGCCCUGCGUGUUUCUGUCAGAUCUCUGCUUUGUGUCCAGUGUUUAUUUGGCGCGGGGAGGCCAUCACGUGGCUGCCGUGUCGUGCAGUUCCUGCCGCUUCUGGACUGGUGUCCUGUUUGUGGAAAUAGCCUGUCUGACAUAGCCUUAAUGGUCCGCCAAGAAGACAUUUCAGUUUGAGAUCCAAACUUCAGGUGUUAAAGCCGAUGCCUUUUUCGAAAAGUGUCCCCCAGAAGCUUCAUCUAGAAGCAGGCACCUUGCACACUGCAGGAGUCCAUGCCAGGGGCUGGUGCGGGCGCUGCUGAGUGAAUCUGCUUCAGAGAGGCUGAGAUGUUAGGUACCUUUGAAAGUUCAGAUUUCACAACUUGAUUGUAUAAUUUCACCUGUCAAACACUGCUUUGAACUGAGUUAGUAACAGCAAGAAUGAUGUACACGGUGUGGUUUGGAGAAGCUAAGGUGAGGUAUAAACACCAUACCAAAGACUAGAGUGACAGGCAUUUGGCCCGGAGCAGACGGGGCGCGGAGGGCAGCGCUCCAUCCCGGGCCCCCCUCGCCGCGCCCCCCCAACCCCGCAUUCUGUGCAUGGGGCCCCAGCCACCUUGUCCGUGCUCGAUCCUGAAAACAACAGUGUGUACAUUUUUACAGCUGUUUUUAAGAACCAAAAAUGGGUAUAAAUGUAAUAGCUGUAGGGGGACAGAUUCUCUGUAUGUUUAGUUAACAGAUUCUUUGUAAUGUAUUUUUUUAGAAAUCUUAAAUUGCCUUUGCACUGAAGUACUUUCAUACCUGUUUAUAUCUCUUUGAUUCCUUUGUUAACUUACCAUAUCUACCUUCUGAAAUAUGUUUUUAAAGUGCUUGUUUUUUAAGUUGAUGACAUUUUGGCCACUUUAUAUUUAAAUUCUGGUGACAGUUUUGGCUGAAUGUCUCCGCAUCUGAUGAGUGUGAAUUUUCAGAUGGAGUCUCCUCUCCACGGCUGCCGGCUGCGUGUUCCUGGCGGCGGCUGAAGUCGCAGGGCGUGUUCAGUGCAUGACAGUCUGUGCUCACUCCUCACAGUUCAUUGCCAUUUGACCUGCUUUUUAUUUUGUUUGUAAUUUCCAUCCUUCGGCCUUAAAAUAGAAGCUUCUUGCUUGAUGGUUCGCACCCUCCCUGCACCUGUACUGGGGCAGCUCCCAUUAGUGUCUGGUAAUUCAAGUCUCGUUGCAAAAGUCACUAAACCUUUAAACACUGUAAUGUCUCUUAAAAAAUGGUUUGGGAAAGCAGAGGUUGUGCUGAUAACUUGAAAUAGACGAGGGGCAUGAGAUAAAAAAGAUGGGGAGAGAAGGGCCCCCCUGAAUGACAUUCCAGGUGUGACUCAGGGCUGAUUCCACCCCUCAGUAGCUCCUAUUUACUUGCCUUAAGCUAAUCUUAAAGUAAGUAACAUGAACUUUAAGCAUUUUUCUUCACUCUGAAAAUCUUGCUCACGGCUACAUGGUCACUAAAUUAAUUCGUCCUUUCCUGCAUUGGUCUGACUCUUGCGUUGACCCGCGUGCUCCAUCCUGGGGAAGCCGGUCGUCUGUAGAGCACAUGGGGCUCUGGUCACGUUGCAGCCCCUUGCUCUCACCCCUGUGUGCUCACAGCCACGUGCACGUAUGCAAGCCGGCAUGCACACACACCUGCUGUUUCCCAGGCCCUGAGCACCUAGGGGACCUGCCGGGAGCCCCUGGCACCUCUGUGUCUGUGCCUUGAGGACACUGCGGCAGCCCGGGGUUAACACGGGGUGCUGGACACAGCGCGGGCAGAUCCCACCCCGUCUCCUCGGGAAGGCCAGCUGCCUCUGCUGGCAGCCCCACCCUCAGGACAGGUGGCGGGAAGCAGCGCCUGCACCCCCAGCUGCCAGCUCCCCGAACACAUCCUGAAGGAGAGAUGUCCUUCCCGUGGCAGCUCCUGUGGAACCCAAAUCAGCCCCUUCCUGUGCCAUUUGACGUGCUUUGGGGGAAGCAGACCAGACGCCUGGGAAGGUGUGGCCUGCAAGACGGGACUGGGAGCGGAGGCCAGAGACGGGCAGCCUCUGCCAUAGCAGGUUUGUGGGGCUGUAGUUCGGCCUGAUGAGAUUUUGCAGCUCCAACUACAUAAAUGUCUCAUUCUUGCUGUUACAGCUUUUUUCACAUUGUUGGCCGUCAACCAAACGUUCCGUGCAGCCUAAAGCAAGUUUCUCAAGUCUUUUUCUUUAAAACCACUAAGUUCAUCAGUUUUGCACAGGCAUGUAAUGAUCACAUGUAACCAUGCCUAUUUUAUCUUUAGAAUUAAUGUUACUUAUUAACUCAGUGUGACGGCUUGGUAGGCAGGUUCUUGUGUUUUGAAGUUUCCCCCCUUUGUAACUUUAAAGACAGGAAAAAUAUCAUUUGGCAAAUGCAUUUUUUUUUUUUUAAGCUCAAAGAUAGGUGAAUGGGAAUGAAAAUUAUUCUGUCUGUAAACGAAGUUCUAGGGAAGAUGUGUUGGAAGAUGUGAUUCUACUUUUGCAGGAAAAAUCAGUUUAUAUAGAUUUAUUUUUUAUCUUGUUGAAAUAUACAGAAUUUUAAUAUGUGUAUACUGUCUCUGACUUAAAGUUAUAAUGUAUCUGGCAUUGCCAUUUAAAGUGUCCAUUCAUUAUGUAAUGUAAGGAAAGAGAAUCUUCAAAAAUGUAUUUAACAUGAGUGGUCCCCAUAGUUGUCAUCAUCAUAAAUACUGGAAUUUAUUUUUAAAUUAUUGAAUAUAGUAAGUGCAUUUAAGAUAGUAAGUCAGCCUCCUAACUAAUGUUUAAUUGAUAAUUCAUUAACCUGCUUUGAAAAAAUAAAGUGUGAAUUAAACCAAAUCUUACAAUUC